AUGAGGACGACGUGUUCGGGGGACCUUCGCGGCGGCGGCGGCUGCGCUGGCAUCCCCUGGGUCCUGUGCACGCUGUGGCUGAGCACCGCCGUCCCCGUCGCCUCUUCGUCGUCCUGGGUCGGCGACGGAAGGGGCCUGUCCAGGACCGCCGAAUCCAGGGCCGCAGGAUUCGUCCGAUGCCCGACCCUCUGCGUCUGUCAGGCGGUGAACCGAGGCAAAAAAAUCACAUGUGACCUGGGUGGUUUGGGAUCCAUCCCCACGCAGCAGAUGGACAAAGACAUCAGGGUACUUCAGGUCACGGCGCCCCCCGAGCAUCCGAACGAGCUGACCAUCGGAAGAAUCUUCCUUCAAUUCACCAACCUCGAAGAGAUUCGAAUCAUGCACUCCAAGGUGCCCGCCAUCGGGGACAGUAGCUUCUGGCCCGGGAAGCGGCUUCAAAUCUUGGACCUCAGUCACAACAACAUCGGCACCGUGAGAGACUCGGACUUCAGGGGUCUCUCGGAGCUGCGCUUGCUCAACCUGAGCCACAACCAGAUAUCGGGGGCUCCCUCGGCGCCGUUCCGGUUCCUGGCAAACCUCACCAGCCUCAUCCUGACCAACAACAAGUUGGAAGCAUUGGCGCCGCGGUUUUUCUACCUUCUGCCGAGGCUGCAGAGGUUAGACCUGGGCGGCAACCCUCUGAGGAACCUGGAUCCCGACCACUUGAAAGACGUGCGUCCGCUGCGGGUGCUUGGCCUUGCCAAGUGCCAGCUGACCAGGCUACAUUCCCUCAUCUACCAGCACCUCUCGAAUCUCGAGUCACUCGACCUUCAGGACAACCAGAUCGCCCAGCUGGCGCCAGAGGAGUACCGGCACUUGCGCAAGAUUCGAAUCCUCCGGCUGGACGGAAACCGGCUGGAGAGGCUUCCCGAGCGCAUCCUGGACGGGCACUCCCUGAGCCAGCUCGGCCUCUCGAGAAACCAGCUGGCAACCCUGGCGCCAUGCGCCUUCUGCAACGCUUCCGUCGAAGACCUCGACCUCUCUCGCAACAGAAUCACGACCGGAGAAGGCGACCCUCUUCGACCGCUGGCGCCUUCGCUGGACAGACUGGAUCUGAGCUGGAACCCGCUGUCUGGGGACUCUGCGGCCGCCCUUGUCAGGAGCCUGACGCGGCUCAGCGUGCUCAGGCUCGAGGGGCUCGGACUUCAUUUCCUGCCCCCCGACACCUUCUCGAACGCACGCAAGCUCCGCGAACUGGGCCUGAGGCAUAAUCGGUUCAGCAGUUUGUCUCCAGGCAUGCUGUCCCCUUUGAAAUCUCUCGAGUUCCUGGACCUGUCAUUCAACCGGCUUCGCGGAGCAGCCCCGGAGUUGGUGCAAGAGCUGGAUUCUCUGCCGUCCCUUUCCAGACUAGCUACUCAUGACAACCCCUGGCAAUGCAAGCAAUGUCAGGUGAUGGAGUUCUCCCGUUGGCUCGCUGAGAGGCCUCUGGACUGCGGGGGCCCGUGUCCCACGUGCGCGGCUCCUGGCAACCUGGCUGGACAGUCGCUGGCCUUCCUGCCCGCCCACGACUUGGAGCCCUGUCGGGAGCCGCUCGUCCAGAGAAGACUUUCGCGUGCCGAGUCUCAGGUUGGCCUUAUUGUGGCUAUCAUCAUCAUCAUGCUCCUGGUAACAGUCAUCGUGGCGACAGUGGUCGUCUAUCGCCGCCAAGGUGCAGUAUACUACACGCAUGAAGACGACCGCAGAAUGUCGACCACCGACGUGAAAAGACCCUCUAUCGUGAUCCAACCAAUGGAUGACGUCAAGGAGUGCUCCAAAAUCCCCUGCUGA